UAAACACUUUUUCUUUGAACUUUGGUUUUGAUUUUGAUGCACAAACAACACAAUAGCCCUUUGUUCUCUGCUUUUCAAUGCCGGACAUGAAAUCACCUUCUCGAGUAUUUGUGGCUGCUGAAUCAAAGAGUAGAAAAUCUUGUCUUUAUGCGAUCCUCCCAGCCGCUUCUUUAAUUUGUGUUGUUGUAUUUUUCAUAAGUUCGUUCUUCUCACAAGGCUACAAAGAGGAGAAACUGUUAAGCCAGAGUGUGCACGUAGAUCAGAAUGUGACAAUUGAUAAAUGCAAGAAUCAGUGCAGGCCUAAUGGAAGUGAGGCAUUACCUGCAGGCAUAGUCUCCAGUACUUCCAGUUUGGAAAUGAAACCUUUGUGGGAUCCUCCCAUGCCUAGGAAGGGUAGACAAAGAGUAGAAGUUAAGGUAAAUGCAUCAUCAACCUAUUUUCUUGCGAUGGCUGUUGGGAUAAAGCAGGAGGAUCUUGUGAACAGAAUGGUCAAAAAGUUUCUGGCAAGUCAUUUCACUGUGAUGCUCUUUCACUAUGAUGGUGUUGUUGACGGAUGGAAGGAUUAUGAGUGGAGUAGUCGUGUCAUUCAUGUGUCGGCAAUCGGUCAAGGCAAAUGGUGGUUUGCGAAGCGUUUCUUGCACCCCGACAUAGUUGCAGCAUAUGAUUAUAUUUUCCUUUGGGAUGAGGACCUAGGAGUUGAGCAUUUCCACCCAGAUAAGUACGUUUCUAUCAUAAAAAAGGAAGGGCUGGAGAUAUCUCAACCAGCAUUGGAUCCUAAGAAAUCAGAAGUGCAUCAUCAGAUUACUGCACGUGGGAGGAGGUCCAAAGUGCACAGAAGGACAUAUAAAGCUAGUAAUGAUGGAAAAGGCUGUGAUGCAAGCAGCACUGCUCCUCCUUGUACCGGGUGGAUAGAAAUGAUGGCUCCUGUUUUUUCAAGAGCUGCAUGGCGUUGUGUUUGGUAUAUGAUCCAGAGUGACUUGAUCCAUGCAUGGGGUCUAGACAUGCAACUUGGCUACUGUGCUCAGGGUGAUCGACUAAAAAAUGUUGGGGUUGUGGAUGCUGAAUACAUUAUCCACUACAAUCGUCCCACCCUUGGAGGCAUAGAUAAUACUACGGUACAAUCUCAGGAAAAGGAUCAUAGAGUUGAUGUGAGGAGACUUUCUUACCGGGAAUUAGACAUUUUUAGAAAACGUUGGGAAAAGGCAGUUGAGGAGGAUGAAUGUUGGGUCGAUCCAUUUCAAUAGCCAGUGCAGGAAUUGGAGUGAUAGACUAAGUUACAUGUAAAUUUUGUACCAAAAAAGACAUGUCAUUUAUGUAAAGAGGAGCAAAUGCAUCUGACAGCAAGUGUUGAUCAUGGGUACGGAGAAAGCUUAGAGGAUCUCAAGUACAACAGGACCCCUGAAAUAAAGUUUUAUCUUGACAAGCUAGUGCAUUUAGUGAAAUUUUUUUCCCUUUUAUUCGAUCAGCUUUGAAGGUAAAUAAAAUGAAAAUGGGGUAGAUAUGAUGAGAGAGAAGUUAGAUACGUAGACUCUUGAUUUUGUUUUUCUUGAGUAAGCAUUUUAUAGUCAUUUUUUUUAAUUUUUAUUUGAGAAAAGAAACUGAUGCCAAGUGCAUUUGAAGACAGUUAAUGAUGAGUGAUUUUAUUAAAUUUUCUAGUAUUUAUG